GCACCACUUUGUUUUUAACUCCUUUUCAGAGCUCUAGUAAAUGUUUGUAAAUUCACUACAUUUUGUUUCUAGAGGAUGCAGCUCCUUGGUGAUUACAACUUUGGCUGCGAGCUGUUUCCAUGAUGUGGAGUUAGCAGCUGCCUGCUGCACACCAGCAGCUCUACAGCUCUGAACAGUGCUCUUGUGUGACACCUUGAUGCUGUUCUUGCUGAUGGAGAGAAACAGGACUUGGUAGUUCACUUGGUGGCAAAUCGUUGAGAAGAAGAGCUUUCCAGGGAUCUGGAUCAUUUUUACCAUGGACUCCUCAUCUGUCCAGCAGGAUGUUCACUUGGAGAGCAGAAGCAGUAAUGGGGCUCCCAGCAGCUCUGAAGAACUUUUGGAUUGUAAAGCCAAGUCACAGCUAGUUACUACAGAUGAAAUUAACACUACCAGUAAUAACAUCAAUGAAGUGCCAAAUGAAGAGGGAAGUCUGGAGAUAAACAGCAAAGUGGAUGCCUGCCAGAAUGGGCCAGAAUCACUCUGCCUUGACUCUCCUGGAUCUGUUGAUCCUACCAGCAGUGAGCAGGGUGAAGAGUCAUCCCCAGGUGUGACUGGUUUCCAUGACAGCCUAAGGAAGUCUCAGGGAACUAGUGCUGAGGGCAUAGCUCUUAGAAAAGAAGCUUUGCAGUCUCUCAAACUAAGUCUUCCCAUGCAAGAAACUGAAUUGUGCUCAGUAGAGUCUUCAUUGCCACUGGAAAAUGAAGAACAAAUCAGACUUCAGGCAAGAAGGCGUCUGGAAGAACAGCUCAAGCAAUACCGAGUGAAGAGACACCAAGAAAGAUCAAGUCAGUCUACAUCCAAAACCCGUCCCUCCAGCACCCUGGAUCCUGAGCUGAUGUUAAAUCCAGAAAUUCUACCAAGAGCCAGCACUGUAGCAAUGACAAAAGAAUACUCCUUUUUGCGGACCAGCGUCCCCAGGGGGCCAAAGCUGGGUAGCCUGGGACUUCCAGCAUCCUCAAAAGAAAGAAGAAGCUCAAAAUCUAAGGCCAGCAAGAUCCGGUCCUUGGCUGACUACAGAACUGAAGAUUCAGAUGCUCGAAAUGCUACUGGGAAUUCUGUGCCUACUGACUUACCUGGGGGGGCUCUGAUGCAAAGCAGAAGUGGCCCAACAUCAGUUGUGUCUGAGAUCAGUCUGCCCUCUGAUGUGGAUGAUCGAGUAGAGAAUUCCUCCUUGGCAGGAGACAGCAUUUCAGAGAUUGAUGGAAGUGAAGUGGGAAUGAGGCUGGAUGGAAAUGAGAGUGACAGCUCUACCUACAGCAGUGUGUCAGGGAAAGGGCUGUAUAGCAGUUUGCAGAAUGCAGAAGGCAAACAGGACACUCCAUAUACAAUAAAUGGCCAGAAGAUAGAUCCUGAAGCAAUGGGGCAAUUUCCUUCCAUCAGUGAGGUGCUGCAGGCUGCGGCAGUGGAGCAUCAGGCCCAAGAGCAAGAAGUUAAUGGAGAGGUACGGAGCAGGAGAGACAGUAUUUCUAGCAGUGUUUCUAUGGAAAGCUCUAUCGCAGGAACUCAUGAUGAGAUGCUGCAGGUUAUGAAGGAGAAGAUGAGACUUGAAGGGCAACUAGAAGCACUCUCACUAGAAGCUAAUCAGGCUCUCAAAGAGAAGACUGAGCUACAAGCCCAACUUGCAGCUUUGAACAUGAAGCUUCAGGCACAGAUGGAGCACAGCCAAAACAGCCAGCAGAAGCAGGAAUCCCUAAGCUCAGAAGUGGCUACAUUAAAGCAGUCUUGCUGGGAUCUGGAACGAGCAAUGGCUGACCUGCAAAAUGCCUUGGAAGCAAAGAAUGCCAGUUUGGCUUCUUCAAACAAUGAUUUGCAGUUAGCAGAGGAGCAGUACCAGAGACUCCUGCAGAAGGUUGAAGAUAUGCAAAAAAAUGUUCUCACCAGAGACAGUACAGUUCAUGACCUGAGACAGCAGUUGGCUUCCUUGCAGACCCAGCUUCAGAAGGUGCAGCUGGAACGGACCACACUGACCAACAAGCUGAAGGCAUCUGAAACAGAAAUCACAUCUCUCCAAAAUGUGAGGCAGUGGUACCAGCAGCAGCUGGUCCUGGCACAGGAGGCCCGUGUCAGGCUGCAGAGUGAGAUGGCCAAUAUACAGGCUGGGCAAAUGACUCAAGCAGGGAUGUUGGAACAUCUCAAACUAGAGAAUGUGGCCCUGUCUCAGCAGCUGACUGAAACCCAGCACAGGUCCAUUAAAGAAAAGGAACGUAUUGCAGCACAACUACAAAAUAUUGAGGCUGACAUGUUAGAUCAAGAAGCUGCCUUCAUGCAGAUCCAGGAGGCUAAAACCAUGGUGGAAGAAGACUUGCAGAGAAAACUAGAGGAGUUUGAGGAUGAGAAAGAACAGCUUCAGAAAAUGGCUGAUUCUGCAGCAACAUUGGAGCAAGAAUUGGAACAGGUCAAGUUGACUUUGCAUCAGCGAGAUCUGCAGCUUGAAUCCUUGCAGCAAGAGCACCUCGACCUGAUGAAGCAGUUGACUCUAACCCAGGAGACACUGCACACCAAAGAGCAGUCCCUGGAUGACCUGCAAACACAGUAUGAUGAACUGAAGGCCAGGCUAGAAGAGCUCCAGAGUGAUGCUGCUUCUAAAGAUGACACGAUCCAGUAUUUGCAGAACGAGAAGAUUGUGUUGGAGGUGGCUCUGCAGGCAGCAAAAGCAAGUAAAGAGCAACUUGAUGAAGGGGCAACACGCCUUGGAGAAGAUACAGAAGUAACAUCACAAAUCUUGGAGCAGCUGAAGCAAGAAAUGGCAGUCAAGUCAAGCCAGGUGGAAAAUCUGCAACAAGAAAAUGCCAGCCUCAAAAAACAGCUUCAAAAAGUGAAGGAACAGUUCCUGAAGGAGAAGGUCAUGGUGGAAGCGUAUCGAAGAGAUGCGAGCUCCAAGGACCAGCUCAUCAGCGAGCUGAAAGCUACAAAGAAGCGCCUGGACUCGGAGCUAAAAGAGAUAAAACGAGAGCUGCUGAAAAUCCAAGUUGAGAAACAGUCACUCGAAUCUGAGCAUUCAAAACUACAGAAAGAAGUAUCUCAAGUUCACCAGCAGAUGGUGGAACUAGAAAAUCACCUCCAGUCAGUGCAGAAAGAACGAGAUGAUAUGGAAACACGCCUACAGUCUUUGCAGUUCGAUAAGGAGCAAAUGGAAUCUCUUGCUGAGGCAAAUCAGGCAUUAAAACAACAAGUAGAACAAAUGCAAGAAGAAGCAAAAAAGGCCAUUACAGAGCAGAAACAGAAAAUGAAGCGUCUCGGAUCAGACCUGACAAGCGCUCAGAAAGAGAUGAAAGCAAAACACAAAGCCUAUGAGAAUGCAGUCAGCAUUCUCAGUCGGAGGCUGCAGGAAUCUCUUACUGCAAAGGAAUCUGCUGAGGCAGAGCUGAGCAAACUAAAAGCACAAAUUACUGAUGGUGGGAAUGACCAGAUUGCUCAGGAGAAGAUUCAAGCUCUGAAGACAGAACUGCGAGCUGUGAGCAGCAGUAAAUUGAUGCUGGAAAAAGAGUUGCAAGAAGUGAUUUCGCUGACCAGCCAGGAGCUUGAAGAAUACAGAGAGAAAGUGCUGGAACUUGAGGAUGAGCUUCAGGAGUCUAGAGGCUUCAGGAAGAAGAUAAAACGUUUAGAAGAAAUGAAUAAGAAGUUGGCCCUUGAACUGGAACAUGAACGUGGAAAACUUACAGGUCUCAGCCAGUCCAAUGCUGCUUUGCGGGAACACAAUAAUAUCCUCGAAACAGCAUUAGCAAAAAGAGAGGCAGACUUGGUACAACUGAAUCUACAGGUUCAGGCGGUCCUAAAGCGGAAAGAGGAAGAGGAUCAGCAAAUGCAACAACUUAUUCAAGCUUUACAGGCUUCCCUAGAGAAGGAAAAGUUAAAAGUUAAAGACCUUCAGAAGCAGGAAGCAGCAGCCAAAGCGGAUGCAGCCCAUAACCGGCGACACCACCGGGCAGCGAUGCUGGAGCUCAGUGAGAUCAAGAAGGAGCUCCACACCAAGGAGCUGCUGGUCCAGGCCCUGCAGGCUGAGGUGGACAAGCUGCAGAUAGAGAAUGAAAAACAUUCCCAGGAGGUAUCUCAGUUCCAGCAAGAGCUGGCAGAAGCCAGAUCUCAGCUUCAAGUUCUGCAGAAAAACCUGGACGACAAACUUAGUGAACAGCCUCUAGUAAGCCAAGAGGUGGAAGACCUGAAGUGGGAAGUAGAACGAAAAGAAAGAGAAAUUGAAACACUUAAGCAGCAGCUGGACAUGACUGAACAGCGCAGCCACAAAGAGUUAGAAGGGAUACAAGUUGUCUUGCAGAACAUCAAGACUGAGUUAGAGAUGGUGAGGGAAGACCUGUCAGCAACUCAGAAGGAUAAGUUUAUGCUGCAAGCUAAAGUGACUGAACUGAAGAACAGCAUGAAGUCACUGCUGCAGCAAAACCAGCAGCUGAAGUUGGACCUGAAGCAUGGCAAGAUGAAGAAGAGGAAAGAACUGAAAGGCGAGAAUAACUCUUCCAAUCCAGUGACUCCAGUCAAGAUUCCUGAUUGUCCAGUGCCUGCUGCCUUGCUGGAAGAACUGCUGAAACCAACAGCUGUGAGCAAGGAGCCUCUGAAGAAUCUGAACAGCUGUCUCCGGCAGCUAAAGCAAGAAAUGGACAGCCUUCAGCGCCAGAUGGAGGAACACACCAUUACAGUACAUGAAUCAAUGUCUUCAUGGACUCAGAUUGAGGGCAAGUUAAUGGACCUUACUUCUACAAGUGCAUCAGACCAGCAGGAGACUCCUACUGCAGAUGAAAAGAAAGAGAAUUGUAGUGUUAGUGACAAGGGAGCUUUGACACUAUAACCUCCUUAUCAGUUGUCUUUCUUCCUAUUGCUUUAAGUAUAUAAACAAAUCUUUAUAAAAAUUAUUUAUUUCAUUUUUUAAAUGGUGUUCAGAGUUGUGCUUUUGCCUGUAGAAGCAAAGAGCACUGAUUUGAGAAACUGAUGGAAUAGUAAAUGCAGAAUGUGCUAUUCUAGGGGUUUGUUUGAAACAAUUCUGUCAUGUUGGGUACUUCCAAGUGGUGAAUCUAGCUCAUUUGAGGGUUUAGUAAGAGAUUGAGAUGAAGAUCUAAAAUGAGGUCAAGAGGAGCAUCUGGUUUCAAGUAUGUAAUUGUUCAGUCUGGGUGAGUUUGUUAAGGAAUUACUGUUAACUAUGUAACAUCUAGGUUUUCUUGUUUGGUUGCUCUUUUGGUUUUUUUUUUUAAUUUGUGGGAGUAGGAUAUAUUUUUUCCCUCAUCUUGGAUUGUAGCCAAACUACAGAGAAAAAUAAGUUCUUCUCAUGUUCAGCCAUUAGCAGUGGUUGAGAACUGGAUAUGCUGAGUAUUCUCUUGUCCCUCCUAUAAUCUCUUAUUCUUGAAAUUCAGAUUAUAGAUAUCUGCAUUUGAAGGAAAAUAAGUUACUGUAAGCCAUUUCCAGUUUUGAAGAUGACCUCUGACCUACAGCAGAAGAAACAAGACUGUAAAGACAGGCAACACAGAGCAGUUGGUAUCUUUGGCAGAUUGCCUGGCACAUUUGCUGAUGUUUUUCUCUUACAGUCACAGGCCAGUAGUGAGCUUUGCUUCACUGCACAAAUGCUUUGCACCUUUUUAUUUCAAGUUUUGAAGUAGACAUCCAUUUAAACGUAUGUGUGUAAAAUAUAUAUAUAUAUAUAUAUAUAUACAUAAGAAAAAAAUCAUACUUUUCUGACUUUGAAUAUCUGGUUUAAUAUGCUUAUAUACUGUAAGUUAAGGCUACAAUGAGGGGUUUUGUUACUGUCAUUGUUUUAAUGUUAUGUUUAAGUUUGCUCUUCUUUGACAUACUGUACAAAUGGCUUAGGGAAAUGAGCCCCUAAAGCCAGAGCUUUUAGAAAUGUAAUUAUUUUUACUUUAAAAGACAUAAUUAUAAUGCCUAUAAAAUUAUUAUUUUUAAUAGCUUUAUCUUCUCCCACACACUCCCUCUACUUUUUGCACCCUCUAUUCCAAGGUGUCCACCAUGAAUGGAAGUGUUGGUUCUGUGGCAGUCCCUCUGCAGAGCACCUUGACUAAGUUAUUUUUAAAGCAGCUGCAGCUUACUUUAGUUUCCUUCAUCUUUGGUCCCGUUGCUCCAGGUGGCUCACAGUGCAGUGACAAGCCAGCCCUCUUCUCACUCUAAAAUUCAGUGUUAGGGUAUUUGGAAGAUCUAGUGCUUACUCAUGUACUAGAAUGUUUUGGUCCUUAAAACAUAAAACAAGUCAAUUAUAUCCACUGUAGUUUGGUGUUCACCAAAAAAAAAAAAAAUCUAUUAAGUACAAGUGGAUUCAAAAGGCUGGAAAAAAAAAUUGUAGUUCAUGUAUUUUUCCAAAGAGGCUGUCACUGGUUUUGGGUUUGGUUGUUGCAGAAGAGGGGGAAGGAUAUUGCAUUGUAUUUUUACUGAAUGAUUUCAUGCCUUGCAGCUACUGGAUUUUAACUUAGAUUUUAUUGGGAUCAGAGUCAGGUGAUGCUGACAGUCAAGGUUUUGCAACUGGUAAGGGAAGAAAUGCAUUGAUGUGGCAUUAGAUGCCCAUCAGAUGGAUUUACCAAACAAUUCAAAAUCAAAAGCUUUACAAACUAGCUUAAGACAUGUCUGCACACUGCUGCAGUCUGCUUUGUAGAGUAAAUGGUACUGAUUAUCUCGCUGUUGUCAUGUUCUUGAAGUUGCCUGUAUAUUAAGCUCAAAGAAGAAAAAAACCAAACCACAGUAUUGUUAAAGGAAAAAAAUAAACUGUAAUGAAUAAUAUAUUCAGUACAAGAAAACUACCAAAAGUCCAGGAUUUAAAAUACUACUUGUGCAGCGUUACUGUUGCUGUUCACUGUAUUAAAUACAUUGCCUACAGUUCAGAAUCCACUAUGUUCUAAUCUGUUAGUUCAGCAGUGGUUAUAUGGGUAAAGGUUUUAUCUGGUAUCAAAGAAGCCAGAAUUUUUAGAAACUUUCCUAGUUGUUCUGAAUGUCAGCUCUCCUUUUUGUGUCCAUUCUGCAUCCUGCUGCAGUUUCUCACUAGCUCCUGAAGACAUCUGAGCUUGCACAAUCAAGUAGCCUUAGAUGUGUGUUUCCCUUUCCAGGAUGAGGGAGCUGUUGUGGAUUAUAUUCCUGCAUUGGCACAACUGCUGCUGGCAGUACCUGGACACUGGGUAUUGUCCUGUGAUAUUCACCGUGUGCUUUUUCUGCAAACACCAUGUCAUUUACUUAAAUGAAGGACAGUGAGACUUUAGAGGGUCUGAAUCUGGUGAGGUACUAAGUGAAGUUACAGAAGUCACUGGGAGGUCUUCUAGAAGGAGCAUGCAGUGUGUGAUAAAGGCAAGGCCUUUGGAGCUCAUCAGCUAUGUUUUUAAUGACCCAGAGAAAUAGUUGCUGCUUUAUUAAAAAGCCUCACCCUGAGGCUGAGCAUGCUCAGUCUACAAAGCUUCAGGUCUCUGCUAUCUAGGCAAUAAAAUAACUUAGCUGUAGGAAUGAAAAUUGUCUCCCCUCUGCCUGUCACAGCACUGCCAAAUAAUCAGGAAAAUCUGAAGAAUAAUAUCUUAAAAUUUUAUUUUACUUUUUCAAGCGCUGCAAUAGAAUGUAUUUUCUGUGUUUCUUCAGUGGUUGCUACAUACUAAACCAAAUCUAGUUAAUGAAGGAGAAAUGUCACUGCAAUGUGAGAAUGUUCCCCAGUGCUGAAAGCUGGUAAAUGGUGCAGCAUUAUUUUUUUCACAUGCUGUUGAGUUUUUGAGGGCUCUUGAAUAACUGCGCAUUUAAAAAAAUAUCACAACAAAGACGCAAACCCUACAAUAGAAGAAAAUGUUACUGAGUCUCUGGCAUUGCUGAAUAUUGCAUAAUGCUCCAUUCUGUUGUCUUCCAGGUUUCUUGGAAAUAUUUGUGCACUGUAUUGGGAUCAGCUGAGCCCCCUAUCCACUCGUGCAGUGGGAGGAUCUGAUCCCAUAGUGUUUAUUCAGGCAAUAUCCUCGCAGAAAUCUAUGGGAUUUUCACAUGUGUAAAGUAAUAUCCAGGAUGAAUGUUCUACUGUUCAUAUUGUCAAGGAUUAUAUAUUCCUCCUUAGGGGACAGAACUGCAGUGGCUACUUUAGUGUUAGCUGUGACAACAUCAAAGGUGUGCUGGGGACAGGUGGUAUUACCAAUAUAAAUUUACCUUAAAGAUGACAAAUUCACUCCUGGUGAUGCAGAAGCUUGUGAUGUACAUUUAUUAACUUUGCAGGGAAAGUGGGAAUAGUUGCAUGUGAUCAGAGCCUUUUAAGUAUUUUCCUGUGAAAGCAAUUGCUGUCCAGAGGAAUUACUAAUGCUCAUCAGCUGUCAUCCGAUCACUGCCUCCUACUAAUGAGCACUGCUCGGGUAUUGGGCAGCCUCAUUUCCAAUACAGAUGCACAGAUCUCUAGGGGAGGGAAAGAUGUUCUGGAUAUUGUAAAUGAAAUGGUUCUGUUUCAUGUAUGACAUUCAGUAAUGUCUGCUUAGGCUGUAUUUGUAAAGAUAAAAGUUAAUAAUUCCAUGUUCUUGAAGAAUGGAUAACCCAGGGGCUGGAGGAGUUACACUAUGUACAAUUAAUGUUUAUGAUCAUACAAAGCAUGUUGAUUAUAAAAAUUAUGUGCAUAGGGAUUCCUUUAAAAGUUUUGUGCAAUAAACUAUUUUUGCUAAAGG